CCUCCGAUAUAGCGUAACCCGGAAGACAUAUCUGCAACGCUGCGGCGCUUUCAUCGCCCAAACUCUCGUCAAUCUCAAGCCCAGGGUCUUUUCGGCUCCUCGUAGCAUCGAUACUUUCCUCUAAUAUCGAUAUUUUCCGAGCAGACCUCGGUAUCGACGGUAUCCGUAGCGGCCCCACCUUGCCGUAGUCCUGUAUACCUUUUCCUUGUUUUCUUUAGGUAUGCCGCUAGUAAUAAAUGGCGAGAUUGAAAGCUCACGACUAAGAUCCUUUGAAGAAUUUUCAAGAAAACAUGAACAUUUUAGGGAAAGUGCUAGAAAUUUCUGCAAAAAGCCACAAAGAAGGGUAAAGAGACCAAGCAGAGUACUAUACAUCAUUCAAAGGGAAUAUGCUACUGUGGCACAAGAUGAUGAACCUAUUACCAUCAUGGGAUCUGAGGAUGCUACAACUUGUCAUAUUGUUGUUUUACAAAACACAGGAUCAGGUGUGGUAAGUCUAGGACACUUUGAUGGCCAAAGUACAGAGGAAGGUAUCAAAGGCAUGAUUGCAUCUGUCACUAACCUUUCCCGAUCAAAAUGUGAUGCAAAUGGAAGGAAUGAGCUUCACUUAUUUGGAGGAUUUCUUGAUGAUAGGGGGAUUUCUAGUGGAUUAACAGUAUCGAUUUUAGAAGCUUUACAGAAACAGGACGAACCCAUUCAUUUAUGUUCAGCAUGUGUAACAGGAUUCAACAAUGUGGUUGAAAGUGGACAACACAAGCCUAUAAUUUCUGGAAUAGGUGUCAGCAUUCAAGAUGGUGAGAUUUAUCCAGCAACAUUUGAGAAUAAGGGUCCUGAUGAAAUCAUACGACAUGCUCGUGUGUUUGUGGGUGAUGAAAGGAUGGUAGAAGUAUAUAAUUCAAGUAACAAAGAGCUGCAAAUUGAACCUUAUGAUAGUAAGAACAAAUUGCCUGCUAAAUACUUGGAGUUUUAUUGUAAUGCAGAUGACAAAGUCAUACUACAGAACCUGUCAACAUCACCUCAUUGUGAACCUCCUUACUUUGCAUCUACAACCAGAGCCACAUUCCUUCAUAUUCUCACUCAUCCGCAGCCUUUGAUUACAGUGUUUCCAGAAGGAAAGCCUCGAGUUUACCAACUGUCUGAUAGUGAAAAGAAUUGGACUCGAACAAGUUAAAAACACAAGAACAAGUUUACAGUUUUACCAGCAAAAGUAUAUUCUGUAGGCCCUCAUAAUGGUAACACCUAACUUUGUGUGAAGAGGAUUGGAAUGCAAUUUCAUCAUCAAAUGAAAUACCAAGACAAACAUGAGAAUGUCAUCAAACUUCAGUAAGAUAACAAGAAAGGCCAACAGAUAGACAUAAAAGCACUCUAGUACAAUUUGAAGACAGCAAAAUGAAUGGACUGAAAUAUACACACAACUGAUAGCCAAACCGGUGGACAAAAAAGGAUGGUUUUUGUAGAGCAAAAAACAAUAAAGUUGUGGCAAGACUCAUUUCACCCACCAAGCUUCCUGCAACUACAAAUAGAGUCAUAUUUCUAGACAGACAUCAAGUUUUAUUGUUACAUUACAACAUGGCAAAGUGAUGACAGAGCAAAUGUAUUUUCGUCUCAAUAAAUAUAGAUUAUUAAGUCUUUGAAUUUUAAACCAGUAGCAGAGAUGAACUGGCCAGUAGUUUGUGUAACUUGUGGGCAAAAAGGUUCACAAACCACAAAAAACAGUGGCAUAGGAAUUAGGGUCAUAUACUUCUCAUAAAUUUACUUGUAGCUGUGCAAGUUAACUACAACUUCAGUGGAAAGGAAGUUCAAGCUGGAGGCAUCUUCCUAUCAAGGGCACAUUGUGAUAAGAACAACUCACAGCCAAUCACACACCCUUUCCUGGAUACCAUUAACCUCCCCAACUGGCUACAAAGCUGUAAAUUCACAGAAUCAAGUUUAGGUUAGCAUUUAUGUACUUUGGAAAGACCACUUCUGUUGUACUUCAUAACUAUUAGGUUAACACUCAAAUUAAACUGUGUAACGUUUUA